AUGGCCGGUGCGUCUUCGGAAAAAACGAUAUACACCUACGACAAGAGAACCAAGAACAAGGUCCGAAAAUCCGGUGGCAGCGCCAAAAGGAAAGCGGUUCAGUUAGGCGAAGAGGCCCGUGUGUUUUCGACUGUUGUCUACUUCAACCCAACACAUGGAUGUCUAGACGGGGCCAUACACGUGCCUCCAGUGAGCACACUGGAUGCUGCUUGA